UAAAAAUAUUAGGCAAAGAUAAAUUAUUAAGUGACAAUAGUGGUGGAGUGUACCUAAUACUAUAUCUACAAAAAGUGCAUCACUACAAUGGGAACAAAGUAAAUACAGUUUUACUAGAAUGAACUGAAACCAAAAGGUGACGACUACAUAAUGGAAACGACAACAGACGACUUCACCAUAGCGUUAAUAGGAGACGGAUACGUAGGCAAAACAUGUGUGUUAAAUUGUUUACAAAAAUCAACCUAUUCCAAAAAUUCUGCGCCAAAUGUGUACAACGAGAUGACUCUAGAAAAAGUUGUUGGCAAUAGAAGGAUUUUAUUUAAAAUUAUAGAUACAGCCGGUCAAGAGGAAUAUGAUAAUAUCAGGAAAAGAGUUUAUGAAAAGGCAGAUAUUUUCCUCCUGUGCUUCUGUGUAGCUGAUAAAGUAUCCUAUGAAAAUGUAACUUCAAAAUGGAUGCCAGAUCUUUACUCGUACAGAAAUAAACCCAUUAUACUAUUAGGUACGAAAGUGGACCUUCGAAUAAAUUCCUCCAGCACAAGUAUAUCCAGAGAGAGAGGAAUAAGGUUACAGAGAAGGAUAGGAGCCAAGUUUUAUGUCGAAUGUUCGUCAAAGUCUGGCGAGGGCAUCCCCAAUAUUAUCGAAGCUGCGAGCAACGUCCUUCUAACAAGUCGACAGAAAAAGUCGUGCGUGGUACAAUGAGGAUACGACAAAUUUUAAUUUAUUCAGUUAUUAUACUUACACUUAAACAAAUUGUAUAUACCUACCUUAAAAUAACGAAUGUGUUAAAAAUGAUAUAACUGUUCUGUAAAAUCCAAUAAAAAGGCAAUAGAAAUACUUU